CCAUAUACUUGCUGGGGUGGGUUGGGUCAUUUGGUCGGCCUUUUAAUGGCGCCCGGUGGACGGACGAGGCGAGACGAUUUGGCAGCAAUUCCGCCGACGACUUGCAAACGGGGCGGCGGAUUGUCAACUCGUUUGGCGCUCCAACCAGCUGACGACAGAUCGGCUCCGGCUGAAGGGGAGCGCCGGAUCACCUGCCAUCGGUUGCUAUGCAAAUGA